AUGUUAAUUAGUGAUAAAAGUGAAGUAGUCGAAGAUUGUGCUCCUAGUCUGGCGAGCGGGCGGCAGUCGCAGCGGUUCGGGAACAAGAGUAAGGUGGCGCCUCUGCCGGCGGACGGAUCGACAGCGGGCGCGGGGGCGGGGGUGGGGGCGGAGGGCGGCGUGUCGCUGAUGAGCGACCACCUGCGCGCGCGCAGCCCCGGCCGCUCCGGGGUGGCGUGGCCCGCGCACACCAUCCCCGCGCGCGUCAAGCAGCUCUCCUGGGACGAACGCCCGCAGCGAUACCGCACGGCACAUUACAUCAAGUGUACGUUUGCAGGGCAGCGGGCAGGAGGGGCCCGUCACGGACGCGACCGACUCCGCCCUCUCCGACCACAUGAACCUGACCGUCUACUUCUGACCGAGCGACCCCAGCACCCCACACCUGACGGCAGCGAACACGACCGAGCGUACACCGUAAACGAGGAGCCGCAGCACGAAUACAUCCCGCUGCAGAACGUCUCUCACCCCCAUCGCUACCCUGAACCGAUCGAUAUGCUUAAUAUGCCCGACCACCCGAUUACGAAUUCUCGAUACGAACCGAAUCAGCGAUUGAACGUAAACUGUACCUCCCCCGAGAACGUUGCACGUAUCCGUUAUAAAUCUUCCCCGGAUGAAACGAAAUCGAUACUAUCCUUCGAUUCGAAGAAACAAAAUAAUCGGGACAAAUAUCCAUCGAGAGAUAUGAUAGCGGAGCUGAACGAAAGACAUUUUAAUCUGGCCACACCGAACGCGAUUCAUCCGUUCUCGGUAGCAUCCGGGCCUCCGACUCAUUAUCCGGUCGAAAUCGUCCCGAUACAAGUGAUAUCCCCGCGCCACAGGUCACCGAUCAAAAAACAAACGAAGGCCAAACAUCCUAAAACCUUACCUCCCACGAACAAACACGCCGCCCGGCAGACGAGACCGGAACCGAUCGCUUACAUACCCGUUAAAAUGAAUCAUCCCCCUUUAAACCCCGAUUUUCUGUCGGUUACUCCUAAGCAGACCGACAAACCCCGAGCUCCGAAAAGGCCCACCCCACCGGGUAGAGCCGCCCCUCCGUUAGAAUACAUCUCCAUCCCCGUCGUGGGAAACACCAGUCACUAUCAGACUCGGCCGGUGCACCAAUCACCUUCAAAGCAAGCUCGCAAUACAGAGGUUCCGUUCGAUCGAGCCCCCAGCGCUCCGAGACUGUCUUCCGCUUCUAUAGAAGCCUCCGUAGAGGGAGAGACUCCCCCGUUUGCGAGCAUCGAUCCUCGAAAGCUGAGGGCCCACAGAGUCAGCCCUCUCAUUUUCCCUAGAAACUACCAAAGAUACAGAAUGUUGUGA